GCUCCUCCCCCAGGCCUGGGCUGACACCCCCCACCUCAGGGCCAUGGCCAAGCCUGGGGAAAGCUCCACCCUCUGAGACCGCUGAGCUCUGACACCUGCCAAGCCUAAAGGCCUCCAUGAACUGGCUUCGGAACUUCAGGCACGUGGUGCCAUUCCAGGGACCCUCAAAACGAGCCCCCGCUCUCGGCGAGCUGCAGAAGACCCUCCAGAAGGGCGAGUACCUGCCCCUCCGCCCGCUGCCCAUGUUCGAGAGUAACUUUGUCCAGGUGACCAGCCGAGGGCACCCCGUGUACGUGCACCACAGGACCAACCCUGUGACCGUGGGGGUGGCUGCCUCCCAGCCUGGCCUGCUGUUGCCAGACAUCCUGCUGAUGGCUCAGCCCUCGGGGGGCAGGGGGUGCUCCGACCUCGUCCUCACCAGGAUGCUCCCUCUGGACCUGCUCCACCUCUACGUGCAUGACCUGCCCUCCUGGCGCCUGAAGUUGUGCCUGGCCACAGGCCAGUCCUACUACCUGGAGCUGGACGCCCCCGCCGAGGAGGCCGGCUUCCUGUUUGACCGCUGGGUGCGUCUCAUCAAUCUGCUCCAGGAGCCAGCAGCAGCCUGGGUCCCCAGGGCCCUGCACGCGCUCCCCAUGGACCUGGCCUCCGUGGUACCUCCUGCCUCCACCUGGCACCUCCAGGUGGGCAGUGUCCCUCACAGACUCUGGGAGCAGCUAGGGUUUGGGAUUUCAGAACCAAGACCAACAGCUGAAAUCCAGAACCCCAAGAAAUGUUCUGAGGGAGGAGGCAGCUGGGAGCAUCUCCUGGUCCUGACCAUUCUUCCCCUCUUCUCUGUCCACCUACAGGGUUGCUUUUCUGACUCAGAAACAGCCACAGUCCCGGGAGGUUUGACUGAGACCCCCACCCGCCGUGCCUCCGCGGACAAGCCUGAUGCCUUCUUGCUGGAAUCCUGUGAUCCCUUUGACUCGAACCCGUGGCAGCAGGACAUUGAAAACCUGGGGGACCCCGAUGCCAGCCCCUUGCCCUCGUCCUCCUUCUCCCCAGCCACCUGCCCUCCCCCCUUCUCCUGCCCAGCCGAUUACCCCUCCUUCCGCAGGCACGAGAGAAAGGCCCAGGCUCUGGGACCUGGGCAGAGGCAGGGGCCUCCACCCUCUCCGAAGACCGCAAACCCCCACGUUGCCUCUUGGAAGGUUCCAUUCCUCCUUGGCCAGUCCAGGAGGGUCUCAGCAGUGCGCGCUCCAUCCCAGAAGAUCUCAACUGCACAUGGCUCAUCCCAGCAGGCCCCCGUGGUGCCCACUGUUACCCAGAAGCCCCCAGCAGUCCACAGCCGGCCUCGGAAGGCCCCAGCUCUAUCUCCUGCUUCCCAGGAGGCCGCAGCCAGUCCCGGCCCAUCACGGAAGGGCCCACCUCUACUUGCUCUUCCUCCAAAGGCUGUAUCCCCCUCUGUCCCAAGAAGGAAAUCUUUGUUCCUACCUACCCCAUCCCAGAAGGCUCUGACCUCACGUGCUCAAUACCAGAUGGCACUGGACACUGCAAAUUUGGGCACAUUGCCCGUGGGAAGUCCUAGAGGGCAUGUGCUUGAGAGAAGCAAGCUCGAAGGGAUGCCAAGACCACUGAGGUUUGUGGGUACCCCGGAGAUGGACCUGAUAGAGGCAAGGAGCCCGAGAACAUCCCAGGAGCUGCCUUUUACCGCCACCACCAAGGAGUCAGAGGAGGUCGUGAUCACUAACGCCCUGGAUGUCACCCUGGAUGGCUUGAAGGGCAGGGGCAAGUUGAAGGACAAGGUCCACGUAAAGAAGGAGGAGACAUCCCUGGACACGCCUGGCUUAACAUCCCCGACAGUGGGGCAACAGCAGAAGUGGCCCCCGGAGGAGGGGAGGAGGCCAUUCUCCGUGGAGGAGCUCGCCGUUGCCAAGACGAUGAUCAUGGCCAACUCCAAGGAACCGCCCCUGAGACCAGCAACAGUCAGUCUGCCCUUCUGGGUCUUGACCCCCCAGACGUCUGACAUGUCCACAGUCAGCCACAGUCAGGUCCCCUUGCUGCAGAAGACGUCAGAGGUGGUUGGAGAGCAGUCCCUGUCUGGCACCGGGGUGAAGGAGAGAAUGCAUCCAUGGGGUGAUGAGACCACAUAUCGCUGGGUGGAAUCACAGACCCAUAUCCCAAAAGAGUCUGCCAAAGCGCCUGAGGCCAGCAGCCUGGUGACGGACUGUGUCUCCCCGAAUCCCAUCCCUCUGGCUGCAUCCAGGUGGGAGGAGGUACCCCCACCCACCUCACUGACCCCCAUCUCAAAGAUGGAGGCCAGUGUGUUCCAGCCAAAGAGACCAUCUCAUGGGCUCGAGGGGACGUUAGGCCCGCUGGAAGGGAUGCCGGACCAGGGCCCCUUGGCCAUGAAGGAGUUGUCCUCUGAUGUUAUCUUACCAACGCUCUUAGAAGAUGAGAGUGUGAAGCACAUGGCCCCUGAGGCAGAGAACAUGGAGAAACUGGGUGUCUUCAGCCAGGUAUUUGGGGUGACAGCUAACAUGUUCUGUCAACUCCAUUAGCUGCAAGAUAAAAAGAGGAUCAUCUCCUUUUUUCACUUUUC